CGUUAAAGUGAAAGUUAAAGUGAAAGUUAAAGUUGUUCUCUUUGUACGGAAACAUGGAGACUGAUCCGAUGCGUUGUUUUUAUCUGUUGCUGCUGAUGGUCAUCUGUGACGGGUUCCAUGUUCAUGGUCCGUCUGGUCCUCUCAUUGUCCAGCUGGGAGGCUCAGUGAUAUUGCCCUGCUUUGUAGAAACUCCUCUACCAAUGCAAGAACUGGAAAUAGAGUGGAAAAGAAAUGACUCUGAAACUCUAGUGCACUUGUGGCAGGACAAAGAGAGUCAUCCAGAGUCUCAGAACCCGAGUUAUCAUGAGAGAGCUCAUUUCUUCAUUGAGGAGAUCGCUCAGGGAAACUUCUCUCUCUUCCUUACGAACGUGACCCGGGAAGACGCAGGAGUUUAUAAGUGUGCUGUUUACACAAACCAUGACUCCUAUGAAACUCUGAUUGAAAUAAAGGAGAUUGAGCAUUUAAUCGUGUCUGGAGCCCACGUCAUAUCUGCGUAUGUGGGUGAAGAUAUCACUCUGAAUUGCUCUGUAGACUCACAUAUCCCAGCGGAAAAUAUAGAAGAGGUCUCAUGGAGGAAAAUGGAUGGAGAGAUCUUAGUGCUGCUCUAUGAACAUGGUGAGGUCCAGACAGACUCGUCCCAUGAGAGAUACAUGGACAGAGUGGAAUUGUUCAGCGCUGAAGAAAGAAACAAAGGAAACUUCUCAUUGAGACUGAAGGAUGUCCGAACUGACGAUAAAGGGCUGUAUACAUGUUCAGCAUUCUCUGGGGAAUUCUCAGAUAACACAGCUGUGGAAGUGCAGCAGCUGAGUAUUUCCUCUAUGCAUGUUGGAAUUUUUGUUUUGUCUGUACUCGGAUUUGUAAUUGGAUCACUUAUCCUAGGAUACCUCUCUUAUACAUCUUUUAAAAAUAAUGAUGACAGCAGAAGAGCCCUAGCUAUACAGUGGGGACAUGUCCUUUGUCCUAAUAUUACUAUGGCCAUUGUCUUCAUCCUUUGGGGUGUUACUGAGGGGUUUUUUUCGGAAGCAGCAACUUGUUCAGCACUGAACAGUGUUAGGAUCGUUUUUCUACUUUGGAUUGCUCUCCACUUGAAAACAUUUGAAGGUUAUCCCCACCAAUUAAUUAACCACUUGGCAAUUCCACUACAAUAUGCAGUGAUAAGUGUUAAUGCUUAUUCACCUAUUGUUGUGGAUGACUGGUAUAAUGUAACCACUGGAUGGAAAGUGGGGCUUCUGAUAUUUCUGCUACUGGGGCCACUUCGGACUCUUCUGUAUAUUCUGUAUGUUAUUGCUAUUGUAUGCCGUGGAAGGACUCUACAAAAACGAGCAAGCUUAAGUUACAUUGUUGCAGAACUCAGCAAUAGUGUACGAAUAUGUAUUAUUAUAGCGAUGUAUGGAGUUCAUCUAAAACUUCUGGCAUUGGCAUUAAUUCCACUGUUGGCAUUGUUUUGUUUUUUCUGUUAUUUUUAUUGCAAACGUGUGUUUUUCUUCUGGAUAUCAUUCAUGAUCCUGGAGGUUCUAAGUGCAUCAGGGUCGAUCUACGUCCAUUAUGCUGUUGUGGAUAAUGUGAAAGAGCGUGACGCGCUGACCUGUGCGAUUGCAUUCCUCCACAUCUUGACCGUGAUAACACUGUUUACAAGUAGAAAGUAUUUAUCAGAUCAAGAAUCUGACUCCAGUAACACUGGGACACAACAAUCUUUGUACCAUUUGGUUGUGUUCAUGUUUGGCUCAGUGGUGGUGGUUCUUGUGAACGCAGUUGCGUUAUUAGUGGAGCUCAUCCUAAAAGCGCAAACUGGCCAGCGUACAGUGGAUCUGCGCGUUAUUCUCCUACCGACUGAAUCCGUCUUUGCUGUGUGCUGCCUUAUUUUACAAAUAUCUGAUUUCUGGAAGAAGAACAGGGAAGGAUUUGGAAAAAACAUCGACUGGAUGGGACGAACGUGUGGGUGUAAACAGGAACAGAGGGACUCACCUCCACAAUGUGAUGAACGUGAACUUGAGAAUCUGGCUCCUGAAGCUCAGACCUCAGGGUCUUAGCAGAAAAGCAGAACGUAUGGUUGUUUGGUGUUCUGGAGCACUCGGGUGUAUCUCUACAUCACGCUGAGAAGAAAGGACAUCAGCCAUGACCUGAACAGACUGGACGCACUCAUCUUGUUAUAAAGAUGCUUGUAAUGUGUUGUAUUUAAAUAUUUUUUUUAUGAUCUUUUGUGUGACACUUAAAUGUGAAUUUCUUAUCUUCAUGUUUGCGCCUCCUGUAGAAUAGUUUUUAUUAUCUAAUUGCUAGAUAUAAUGAUUUGAUUUAUUAAUUUAUUACCUGUUUUGAGACAUUUUAUUUUAUUGUUUAAAUCAUCUGCAAUAUUCACCUGAAGGAAAAAUGUCAAAAGAACCAAUAAUAUAAAUAUAUAUAUUGUAAGGGACAUAGCCCGGGGGGGGAGGAGCACAGAUACGCAGGAAACUGGUUGCAGUGAUACAGUGAUUAAUCUUUUAUUUUCUCUUACGUGGUGCUGUCUGAAGUGAGGAGGUGUGUGUGGGUGAGUGUGGGAGGUUUUGUGGGGGGUGUGGCUGGUGUUGCGACGCUCUCGAGGGCGUGUCGGGAUUCCCUAGAAGUGUGUGGGGUUUUCCCGUGCCAUCAUCCACCGUUGUGUGUAAGCUCACUAGCUGGCGUCUUCGUCCGCACCCGAACGUGGUCUGCGAGUUAGUACCCUCCGCUGCACGGGCGGAAGAGCGUCCUCUUAUACUUUUCCCCCAUCACCUGAGUGGUGGAAUUCUCCCGACUGACUCCCCAAUCACCAGCCGGUGUUGUGUCGGCGGUUCCACCCCACCGUGACGGUCCUUCCAGCUGAUGUUGUGUUUGGCGCAAGGCUGUCUGCUUCGUGCCUGCACGGCAGUUGGGGAAGGAGCGACUUUCUUAUCCUGCGCGCCGGCUGUCGGUCCGUUGCAACAGUACCCCCCCCAGCUCCGAGCCUACUGCUGCUGGGUGGCGGGCCCAGAGCGUGUCUCGCCACGAGAGCCCAUCUGCAUUCCCAUGUUGGGCCCCCGCCCGGUGUUGGACCUGGAAUGAGAAGUCCUGUAAGGCGAGGAACCAGCGGGUUACCCUGGCGUUCGUGUCUUUGAACUUGGCCAUCCACUGUAAGGGGGCGUGGUCCAUUACUAGGAUGAAGUGCCGGCCAGCCGGGUAGUACCGCAGCUCCUCAAUGGCCCACUUUAUUGCCAGGGUCUCUCUCUCCACGGCUGCGUAUUUCCUCUCAGCGGGGGACAACUUCCGGCUGAUAUAGAGAACCGGGUGUUCUUCUCCGUCGAAGGUUUGUGAGAGAACGGCACCAAGCCCGGUUUCGGAUGCAUCGGUGUGCACCGUGAAUGGGAUGGAAGGCUUCGUGGGCCAUGUCCAUCAGUCCCCGAGGGCGCCAUCCAAAAAGGAGCUCAAAGGGGGUGUAGCCCGUGGACGCCUGGAGCCACUUUCGGACAGCAAAGAGCACGUAGGGAAGGAGGAGGUCCCAAUUCCUCCCUUCCUCGUCCACCACCCGGCGUAGCAUCCGUUUGAGUGUCUGGUUGAAUCGCUCGACCAGCCCAUCGGUUUGCGGGUGAUAGACUGAUGUCUUAAGGUGCUUCACCUGUAACAGUCGGCACAGAUCGGACAUUAGUUUGGAUACAAAAGGCGUACCUUGGUCAGUCAGCACGUCCUUUGGGAUCCCCACCCGACUGAACAGGAGUACCAGCUCCCUGGCGAUGUUGUGGGAGGUGGCUUUGCGCAGCGGCACCGCCUCGGGGUACCAGGUGGCGUAGUCCACAAUGACCAGGAUGUACUCAUGGCCCCGGGCAGACUUGGGAAGGGGGCCCACGAGGUCCAUGCCCACUCGCUCGAAGGGGACGCCGAUAAUGAGCAGAGGGAUAAGGGGCGCCGGCGGGGGCCUACAUGGGGCGGUGCGCUGGCACUGAGGGCAUUUCUGGCAGAAGCCCCAGACCUCCGCGUCCAUCCCGGGCUACACAAAGCAAUCCCUCAGCUUUUCCAAGGUGUUUUCCGCCCCCAGGUGGCCGCCGAGGGGAUGGGUGUGGGCCAGAUGCAUUACAGUUUGGGUCUUCGAUUUGGGAGCCACCAGGAGGUCCACCUGCUCCCCGCGGCGGCAGGCCCGUUGAUAGAGGAGCCCGCCCCGGACAAGGAAGUAAGAGGUAGGGAGUCUCAGGUUAGGGCUCUGGUUGACUCCCUCUAUCACUCGCACCUGGACCCAAAAGUGCUUCAGGCGGUCGUCUUCCUUCUGCUCCCAUCCAAACUUCCCCUCCCACUUCACCUGGUGAAAGACAGAAGACAGAGGAUUAGCGUGUAGGGGGGUCUUACCUUCCAUGGCAGCAUCUCCGUCGUCCUGGGCCAGGAAGGCCUGCCGGGCCUGGGUCCUCUUCAUGCGUUGCCGCGGCCUGCCAGAUUCGAUAGCCGGGCCCAUCGGGAAUCCUGGCCAGUCCCUUCCAAGGAGCAGGGGCACCGGGAGAUCGGGGAUCACGCCCACCUGGAGGGGCCAGACCCCGGCUUCACCCCAAAUCUGGACCUCGGCUGCCGGAACUUCCCGGGUGUCCCCAUGGAUGCAGGUUAAGGGGAGAACCCCCCUUGGGCAAAGUCCUUUGGGGAGAAUGGAUGGUCGGGCGAGGGUCACCGUGCUCCCGGUGUCCAGCAGGGCGGUUACAGGGCUCCCCUCGACCCACACCGUCAGGGUGGGGCCAUCCGGCGGUUGCCGUAAAUGGAGGCUUUCGGCAAGCUGCUGCGUAAUGGUGUGCUGCUGGAUGCUAGUUUCCAGCAAGUGUUUCAGUGCAGGGUCCAUGUUUCUCUCUCUUUUUUUUUUUGGUAUUUAUUUAUUUACCUUUUUUUUUUUUGUUGGCGGGUCUGUGCUCUAUGCCUGCAUCCUCCACCAGUGUAAGGGAAAUAGCCCAGGGGGGAGGAGCACAGAUACGCAGGAAACUGGUUGCAGUGAUACACUGAUUAAUCUUUUAUUUUCUCUUACGUGGUGCUGUCUGAAGUGAGGAGGUGUGUGUGGGUGAGUGUGGGAGGUUUUGUGGGGGGUGUGGCUGGCGUUGCGACGCUCUCAAGGGCGUGUCGGGAUUCCCUAGAAGUGUGUGGGGUUUUCCCAUGCCGUCAUCCACCGUCGUGUGUAAGCUCACCAGCUGGCGUCUUUAUCCAAUAAAUACUAUAAGUAAUGCAUUUCUAUAAUAGUUGAUAACAUUUCUUUAUUUUUUUUUUAGUUCUUUUGCAUUUCAAGAGUUAAGUCUGAUUGCAGCGAGAGGAAGCAUGGCGUGCUGUAUGUUAAAACAAUGAGAAUUAAUUAUCUUUAAAAAUAAAAUACGUAAAGUGUACUCAGACAGGUGAAUUCUGUCUGAAUUCUGUCUUCUGGGUUUAUUAUAUCAUCAAUGUCAUUAUAAUAUACUGUGUUUGAUGCUGGGCAACUUAAAUUAAACACUAAUCAUGAAAUCAUGUAGUUUGAGGCAACAGCUUAUUGACGUAAAGCAGAGGGUUUAUUUCAUAGGCUUCUCUCCGAUAAAUAAAAAGUACAGCAAUAAUAAUAAUAAUAAUAAUUACUUUUUUAUUUUUUUAAACAGAAAUACUUUUAUUAGGCCUACGUGUAGCUAGAAGUAAUCUUUCUGAUCACAUGGUUACUCUGGAUGGUUUUUCUGUUUCAUCAUGUGCUGCAGUUAAAGACCUUGGAGUGAUUAUUGACUCCAGCCUAUCAUUUGAUGCUCAUGUAGAUAAUAUUACUAGGAUAGCCUUCUUUCAUCUCAGAAAUAUUUCUAAAAUAAGAAACAUAUUGUCACUACAUGAUGCGGAAAUACUAGUUCAUGCAUUCGUCACCUCUAGAUUAGAUUACUGUAAUGCCUUACUGUCUGGAUGUUCCAGUAGGAAUAUAAAUAAGCUCCAGUUAGUCCAGAAUGCAGCUGCUAGAGUCCUAACUAGAACUAGAAGGUACGACCAUAUCACACCGAUAUUAUCAAUACUGCAUUGGCUCCCAGUAAAAUCUCGCAUUAACUAUAAAAUACUUUUAUUAACCUAUAAAGCACUAAAUGGUCUCGCGCCACAAUAUCUAAGCGACCUUUUGGUUUUAUAUAAUCCGCCACGCCUACUUAGAUCAAAAGAUGCAGGCUAUUUGACGGUACCUCGAAUAGUGAAGGCUACAGCAGGGGGAAGAGCUUUCUCUUAUAGAGCCCCACAGUUAUGGAACAAUCUUCCUAUUAGUGUUCGGGACUCAGACACAGUCUCAGUGUUUAAGUCUAGGCUUAAAACGUAUUUGUUUACUCAAGCCUACCCUGACUAGAUUCUGUUCUACUACUUCGCAGUCAUAAUUAUCUUUUUUCUCCCUCUCUCCUUUCGCCGAGCCCCACAUGAAUUUAUGGAGAUACUAGAGAUCCAGAUCCUUUCUGCCUCUGGAUGGAGCUCAAAUCUUCUCUAAUUCCAGACUGCUGGGACUACGGCUGCUCCUAAGGCCAUACAGACUUCAUAUAAAUCCAUAAUGAACUUUUUCACACUAUCUGUUGUUACCCAGAUGAGGAUGGGUUCCCUUCUGAGUCGGGUUCCUCUCAAGGUUUCUUCCUCUUAAAACAUCUUAGGGAGUUUUUCCUUGCCACCGUCGCCACUCAGUGGCUUGCUCAGUUGGGAUAAAUUCGCACCUUUAAUAUCUGUAUACCAUGUUGAUAUUUCUGUAAAGCUGCUUUGAGACAAUGUCUAUUGUAAAAAGCGCUAUACAAAUAAAAUUGAAUUGAAUUGAAUUGAAUUAAUAAUAAUAAUAAUAAUAAAUAUAAAACAAUGCCCCUCAAUAAUAAACAAACAAACAAACAAACAAAUAAAUAAAUAAAUAAGAGAAGCUACCAUUGAUUCUGAGAUCCUUCACUAUGGCGUGAGCUGGUUCUAAGAA